AUGGCUGCGCACUUGAAGAGACGCGCUUAUGAAGAAUUCAGUCAUGUUAUUCAGGAAGAGCCAAAACUUGCAGUCAAGCGUCUUCGUUUGGUGAAACGUGUGAAGGGAGCUAGUUUACCAUUGGAUUUGCAGGCAACUAAUACACCACAUGAAGCUUUGAACAUACUGAUACAAUUUGCGCAGAAAUUAUCAACAAUUGAUGAUGAAGAAUUAGAUUUAGCUAUAAGAAAACUUCUUGAACAUUAUUAUAAUGAAAAGGAAGGUCAUGUGAGAUGUAAAAUAGCUGCCGUACUUGCUGACAUCUCAAGAACCCCAGGAUAUAAUGCUGCAUUAUUAGUGGAUGAUUUAAUUUCCUUGUUAUCAACUGAAGAAUCUUACAAAGUGAAAUCACAGUUGAUAAAUACCUUGACAGUGAUAGGAAGGUCAUUACCAUAUGCUAAUGAAGUUCACCAGAAACUAGUUGAAACAGCAAGAAAGAACCUGAAUAAUUCUCACCAUGUUGUAAGAAGUGAAUGCCUAGGGUUAAUAGGUAACCUGGGAAGUGUGGAAAAAGUGUCAAGAAAAGCAGAAGAGAAACGAACAGUAAAUAUUCAAAAACUCUUAUCAGAAUAUACAGUAGAUCAGGAUCCUAGAGUCAGGACUAGUGCAUUUCAUGCCAUGCUAUCUCUUCAUGAUAGAGGUCAGAAGUUAGACAUAUCAGUGUAUGAUAGAGUUUGUAAGGCCCUUCAAGAUGAUUAUGAGAGUGUCAGACUAUCUGCAUUGAGAUUAGUCUGGGUAUUAAUUCAAGUUUAUCCAGAUAAUAUGGUCCAGAUAGCAGAUUCUAAUGAGGAGAUUAGAUUAAUGGAUGAUGGAUUUGCAAAAAUAUGUGAAAUG